AUGGCGGCCCCCACGAAGCGUCUGCUUUCUGCUCUGUUGAGACAAAACAAUGCUUUUACACGUCUGUCUCAGCUGAGUGAAGUGACUUACCAACCUGUCAAACAAAGCAAGCAAGCAAAAAGGCACAAGACUGAGCGUGGCAAACGAGCUGGUUCACGGAAACAGAGGAAAAUCGGUGUUGCUGUCAACCGCAGAGUGAACAAGUCACUCAAGCAGAACCAACCAAGGAAUGACAUCCUUCGCAGCAUUGACAAACAGGAAGUGGUGUUGCUGGUUCUACUCGACUUGUCAGCAGCAUUUGACAUGGUGGACCGCGAAAUGCUCCUCUCAAGACUACAGCACACCUUCGGUAUUUGCGAAACUGCUUGCGGGUGGUUCAGAUCUUACCUGUCAGAUCGAGUAAUGCAGGUAAAAGUGGCUGAGGCCUACUCGAAGACACACCCUCUCAAAUUUGGUGUGCCCCAGGGAUUAGUGCUUGGGCCAGUGCUCUUCUCUGUCUACAUCUCUCCACUAGGGAACAUCAUCAGGAAGCACGGCCUGCAGUUUCAUGGAUACGCUGAUGAAAACCAGUUGUACAUCAGUGCCUCAGUUGGGAAGCUUGCAAGUGGGCAGUGUGGACACACAGAUAGGAACUAUGUGACAACUGCCACUGGUACACAGACUGAGUCUCUGGCUCGAUAUGGUGGGCGGCAUACCGUCACGCUCCACGGGGAUGGGUGUGGUCCGGAACUGCUGAACCAUGUGAAGGAUGUCUUCAGACAUGCAGGUGCCCCCAUAGACUUUGAGGUUGUGGAGAUCAAUGCAACAACCAAUGAGCUGGAACAUAUGAAGGGGGCCCUACUAUCAGUACGGAGAAAUGGGGUGGCCAUUAAAGGCAAUAUUGAGACAAAAUUUGAUGAUCCAACAUUUUCUUCAAUGAACGUUGCUCUAAGAACCAGUCUGAACCUGUUUGCCAACAUUGUGUGGUGUAAAAGCAUCCCUGGUUUCUCCUCUCGCCAUGACAACCUCGACAUCAUCCUCAUCCGAGAAAACACUGAGGGGGAGUAUACCUCACUGGAGCAUGAGAAUGUUCCUGGUGUCGUGGAAAGCCUGAAGAUCAUCACAGAGGAGAAAUCCACCCGUAUAGCUAAAUAUGCCUUUGACUUUGCUGUCAAACACGGCCGUAGGAAGGUCACAGCCAUCCACAAGGCCAACAUAAUGAAGCUGGGGGAUGGUUUGUUCCUGGAGUGCUGUCGCAGUGUGUCCAAAUCGUAUCCAGAUAUUGAGUUUGGUGACAUGAUUAUUGACAAUGCCAGCAUGCAGAUGGUGUCUCGGCCACAGCAGUUUGAUGUCCUUGUCAUGCCAAACUUGUACGGCAACAUCCUUGGCAGCAUCGCCUCCGGACUAGUGGGCGGGGCAGGAGUUGUGCCUGGCAUGAACAUUGGAGAAAAAUAUGCUGUCUUUGAAACUGGAACUCGAAACUCUGGCCGCUCCUUGAAGGGCAAGAACAUUGCCAACCCGACCGGCAUGCUGCUGGCCAGCUGUGACAUGCUGGACUACCUCGGUCAUCAUCGCCAUGCCACACUGAUCAGAGAGUCCACCAUGGAUGUGCUGGGAAAGCAUGAGGUACAACUGGUGUCUCCUGAUGUUGGUGGCCAGGCUACAAGCCACGAAAGACUAAACUCAGUCAGUCAGGCUGUCAUUGAGGACCUCAAACCAAGACGAAAACAUGCAUUUCCAUGCUGUAACCUGGUGAUCCAACGGAACGGAAGGUUCUACAGUAGAGCAGCUGACCCACCCGGCACACCACCACACUGCAGCCAUCUGUUGCAAGCAUCUUGCAUACAGGACGCUUGUGUAGAAGCAGCAUUUCCCUUCCAUGCCUAGCUAACGUUCCGCAAUUAAAUCUGAUGAUCUUUCUUCGAUAUUAUUUAUAAUAAUAAUACUAUGUAAUAUUUUGUAAAUAUACUGAUAUGGCAAAUAUCUGUGGAAUUAAUGAAUCCUGUGUUAAUUAUAUGUUUUGCUCAAAUGUUGGACAGUCAUAAAAAAGGGAAACUAUGUGAAGAGGGAAGAUUGCAAUGAAUUAUGUACUGAAACACUUUGAAAACACAUAUUCAAUAUUCAGAUAUGUUUGAAAAAUGGACACAAAGUUGAAAUUUAGUUCAGUGUAUUUAGGCAUGAGAUACUCAAAAACACAAUGUCAUACAGUCACCAUUCUUGAUAAAUAUUUAUUGCUAAAAUUGUUUUCUUUCCUCAGAGUUACAUUUGAUUGUUUUCAUUGUGCAUCUGUUUAUAAUAGGGUCAUUGUUUAAAUGUGAAAGGUAGAGAAAAUGCCAUUGGUCAAAGACUGUAUAGCAUGGAGGUCAUCUAAAACGAGGAAUCUCAGUUAAAGAUAAUUUUGACUAAUGAAGCUCCUCAGUUCUUCAUUUGUGAUAAAAACAAUCUGUGAAUACUGUUCACACUCAUCUAUUGAGAUUGUUUGUAGCAGUGUGUAUUUGUUGUACAGGCAUGUUUGUGUGGAUUAGAGACGUUGCAGACACUUGUUUCAUUAAUAAACAUGUUAACAGUG